AUGAGAUGCAAAACAAAUGUCAACCCGAACUUCAUAGUGCUAAAACGGGAUAUGAGCAAAGCUUAUGAUCGUGCUAGUGACGAGUCGAAUGGUGUUCUGAAGAAAUUGGAUCGAGCUCGUAAAGUAAGUGUAAACCGAAUUUUCUUACAUUUUACAGGUGUUAUUUGGAAGGGAGAUAAACUGAUAGAUGGAGUCCCAGAAACCCUUGAUAUGCUUCGUUCAAAGGGUAAGAGGUUAGUUUUUGUUACCAACAACUCAACAAAAUCCCGGAAACAGUAUGGGAAGAAGUUUGAAACACUUGGUCUUGAUGUCAGUGAGGAGGAAAUCUUUGCAUCAUCAUUUGCUGCAGCUGCUUACUUGAAGUCGAUUGAUUUCCCCAAGGAUAAAAAGGUUUACGUUGUUGGAGAGGAUGGUAUCUUGAAAGAGCUCGAGUUAGCUGGAAUUCAGUAUCUUGGUGGGCCAGUAGAUGGUGAGAAGAAGAUUGAGCUAAAGCCAGGUUAUAUGAUGGAACACGAUGAGAAUGUUGGGGCUGUUGUAGUUGGAUUUGAUCGAUAUUUCAACUAUUACAAAAUUCAGUACGCGACUCUGUGCAUUCGUGAAAACCCAGGCUGUCUUUUCAUCGCGACAAACCGAGACGCUGUGACUCAUCUCACUGAUGCUCAAGAAUGGGCAGGUGGUGGUUCAAUGGUAGGUGCCAUUGGUGGAUCCACUCAACGUGAGCCUGUUGUUGUAGGAAAGCCCUCGACUUUUAUGAUGGAUUACUUAGCGAACAAAUUCAGCAUCUCGAAGUCUCAAAUAUGCAUGGUCGGAGACAGACUCGAUACUGACAUUCUUUUCGGACAAAAUGGUGGCUGUAAAACCCUUCUCGUCCUCUCAGGUGUAACAUCUCUGUCGAUGCUUCAAAAUCCUGAUAAUUCGAUACAGCCGGACUUCUACACCACCAAGAUUUCAGAUUUUCUCUCACUCAAAGCUGCAACUCCUACUCGAUUUAUCUUUGUUCUUUUUAGUUAUGAAUCUAUUACUUGGCAAGUUGCUGUAAAACCCUCUCUCUCCUACAUACGCACACUGAGACACAGAAGCCGCGGUCCUUUCUCUCUCAUCAUCUCCCCAUUUUUGCAGAUAACUUUGUAG